AUGAAUCACGACCUCGAAAGGACUCUACCCCUGGCCAGCCAGCUCGAAGAUGUUUUCGCCGCAAUUCGUCCAUCGUAUGAUCGGCCAGAGCUGUGGGAAGAUACCAAGGAAAUUCGAAGUGAGCUUGAUGGCCUUCACAAGGCCCUUAGCUUUGUCAACUGCACUGUCGCCAAGAAUGGACUCCAAGCAAUCCCAUUUGCAGUCAAAGUCGAGGAAGACUUUGAAGAACUCAGAUCCCGAGCAGAAGAUAGUGGAAUCAUCAGCAGUUUGCCAUUGACUUUUCAUUCUCUGCUGGUCGGUCUAUGGAGCAUGAGCUGGAAGAUGAAGUUGCCGAUAGUCAACCUCUUCACCAAAGUACUUAUCCCUUGCACAGACGAGGCCAGAGAGAACUUCAAAGACCUUUGGAUCGGAUUGCCCGUCGGUGGUGCUGAAGGGAAGUUUUUCAAUAUGGCCCCGGGGCUGGUGAUGAGGAAUGACACACACCCAACGAGCCUUGGAUUCCACAUGUGCCGCAAUAGCAACGAGACAGUUGUUCUUGGGUGGAUGCGGACUUCCUAUGAAGGAGGUGCUUACAAACCGCUUGGUGCUAGCGAUGUCGAACCAGUGGAAAGUGUGGUGCUAGAUUUGGAGCCCGAUGAGCGCGUUGUUAGGGUUCGCGUGUCCAAGCAUAAAGAGUCGAAGGAUGGACUGGUUGGCAUUGCUUUUCUUGAACUUAGUACUUCGGCAGGGAAGAAGGUAUCAAUUGGCAGUUCAAAGGGAUUGAAGAUUGUGGAUACUGUGCCAGAGGAUCCUUCUCAUGGCCUGAUGGGCUGGUACGGCAGGGAAUUGGAAGAUGGCCCCAUCGACCGCCUUGGGACAAUUUGGAAGUAG